AAGCCGAAAAUGUUCAUUAACUAAGAUCAAGAGGUUAAUAGUGGAAACUGCGAUUUCAGGUCAACGACAGAAAUAAAACAUCAUAGCUGUUGGAAGGUAGUUCCAGUAUUGCGGUCUUGGCCGCGUCUUUUUUCUAUGCAUAUUUAUUUCAAGUGAUAUUCAAGAUCUCACCUGAACCCCGGUUGUCCUGGCUUCCGGCCAAUUUCCAUUUCAGCGACACUGAACUCUUUCCCAAGAGACUUACCAAAUCAAAACAAACCUGUGUUCGAGAUUUGGACGAGAUCGAGGUGCCAAAUGAGUCACGCGAGGUUGAGUGAGUGAUGUCUCUGAAAUCUAAUCUUGCUUCUUUAGUUUCAGUUUCCUGGAACUGAGAACGGAGUCGACACAUUGGUUUGUCAUUCAUAAAAUGAGUUCCAAUCGAAUGGCCUUCGGCCAUGAAGCCGGUACAGCCAUCGAAUGUCUUAGUAUUCCUAUUACUUUGACGAAAGAACUGGCCCUGGAUGAGAAUGGAGAGGAAGUUCAGCGCUGUGGAUUCAAAAUCGGCGGAGGAAUUGACCAGGAUUUUACCAAGAGCCCUCAAGGUUAUUCGGAUAAUGGAAUCUACGUGACCGAGAUUCAAGAGGAUAGUCCGGCUGUCAAAGCCGGUAUCCGAAUUCAUGACAAGAUCCUGCAGUGCAACGGGUAUGACUUUACUAUGGUGACUCACAAGAAGGCCGUGACGUACAUCAAAAAGAACACUGUCCUCAACAUGUUGGUGGCUCGGAAGGGGGUGACUCAAACAUGACCUCGAUUGUCCUAAUUAGGGCCCAGAUUUUCCAAUCAGGGUCCAAAAUGCGAUUUUUGGUGAUUUGAACAACACGUGUCGGCCAAAUGAACCUAUCUUGUGAUCUCUUGUUCUUGAAAAAUGUGUUCUCAUUUUGAUAACCAAUUCUAAAAAGUUUCCUUUACUUUUCUAUCAAAUUAUGUUUCGCUUUAUUCAAUCAAUAAAUCCCUUCAGGUGCUUCA